GGAGAACCAGGCCUGAACUGCCCCCUGAGAAACAGAGCUAGCCCUGGUGUCAAGUGCUUGGUUAGAGUGGGGACUGAGGCUAGGCUUACCAGCAGGUGUCUCACAAAGGGCAUCAUUGGAAAAAAAAAAUGACAGACCAAGGAUUCAGUUCCCAGCCGGUUGGGGCAGUUGAAGUAGCGCAUGAUAGCAAGAACUACGGGGCACCAGACCUCAUGCUGAAUGGGCCAACUUCAGUCAAGGAGAGCCUGACAUCAUCCCAUCCUCUGGAAGACUCGGAGAAAUGUUAUUGGGACAGGUUGCAGCAGCAGGAAUUCCACAUGCUGCGGAAAGUACAAGGCCUGCAUGCCCCUCUCAAGCUGCAGAUGGAGUUACAUGCAGCGAGACAGAUUCAGAGAGCCCCCUGUCUACCCAGCUCCAACGCCAGCCUGGACACACUCCUUGGCCGGGAUGAAACCAUUGGCUUUGAAGACUAUCUCAAUGCUCCUGGAGAUGCUGAAGUCAUGGGCAACCCACAUGCACUCAUGGAGAAGCAGUUCGGCCUGCUUUGAUUAAACGCCUGUGUAACAUGUUAUAAGUACCAGCGACAUUUAACUUUACCUAUGUGUGUGUACAGAUUUCAAGAUGCUCAGAGCUUUAUCGGGAAUGGUCAUUUUUAGUCAAAUUUUUUCAACAACCAUGAUGUCCUCUACAGUGUCAGACAAAAAUGUUUUUAUUUUCAUGUGACAUCCAGUCCCAAGGAAAUAGAAACAUCAUUCCAAACAGCAGUUAAGUAGUUAAGUGUGUGGUAGACACGGCCCAUGUCUUUGCCAAGGUGUUUUAUGCAAAUUGAAUGUCAUCGUGCACAAUGUCGCCAUCACUUGUGUCACAAGAGGGCGCUCUUCACAGUGUAUGGUCAGGCCCUUUUUUUUCUUAACCUCAGCUCCGUGUCCCAGCUUGAAUUUCGUUUCUACCCGACAAUUGAUGUGGAGUAUUUCAUUUCAUUCCAAUGAUGCAUAUAAAUUUGAAAGUCUGAUACAAAGACGACAGUUGAAGAUGAGCUUUGGAGGGGGGAUCAAUCAAUCAAUUGAAUGAAUGGGACUUCAUCAUAUUGUAUCCUUGGUCUGAUUUGGGGGGGCGAUGAAUCAGCUAAUACUUGCUCCCUUAUAACAAGUACAAUGUGAUGUUGUUGGCACAGGAGAGGUGCAAGAAGGUGCAUCCGAGCACAUACAUGUACAUGUAAAUUGUUCUUGAGGAAGAGAAUACGAUUUAAUGCCCACAGCAUGUAUGCAUGAAAUGCGUACUCAACUCUCUUUUGUCCUGAAUACUGCUUUUACUUAAUGGCAAACAUUUGGGAUUAAAUGUCAUAAUUCAUGAUGGCACGUUAAAAAGUA